AAGGUUUCAUAUUCUAUCGUUCAAAUGCAAACGCCCAUUGUAUUGAGCUUCAAUAAUUUGCAAAAGUUUAGGUACAAUUGUACCUCACAGUGUAAUAUUUGAACAGUGUAAAAAGUAGUGGGGAUUAUAUCUUAUGCAAGGCACUUGUCUUGAUAAGAAAUUUUCUGGAUCGGAAAUAAUACAACGAAAACAUGCUGGUACUGCUGGCAUUGCUCCUCCUCCAAGCUUACCGCGCGGAGGGUUACGGUACUGGCCCGCCUUUAAGUGCGUGCGACAGCAUGACGCCUACCCAUGAAUCGGCUGCACAGACUGGAAUCAGCCCAUACCAACUCACGGUCGCGAAGAACACAUACUCACCCAGCGAGCAGAUUCAAGUGACACUUACCGGAACUUCGACGUUCGGUGGUUUCAUGAUUCAGCCUCGCUUACAGAGCAACACUUCCACAGCAACCUACGGCACAAUUUCACCUAAUGACACCGUCAACACGAACAACCCGUGUUCAGCAGGGAAAGCUGCAUUGGCCCAUCUGAACAGGGUCAAUGACAGAACCUCGGUAUCCUUCGUUUGGACAGCACCUUCAACUGAUGUUGGAAAUAUUGUGUUUUUGUACACAGUUGUCCAGGUCAAGUCGACAUUUUGGGUAAAACUUGAGUCAUCGUCGCUUACAUAUCAAGCUCCAUCGCAGGCUCCAACAAGUCAGGAACCGACGACACAAGCCCCAACAACUCAAGAACCGACAACACAGGCUCCAACAAGUCAGAAACCGACGACACAAGCCCCAACAACUCAAGAACCGAAUACACAGGCUCUAACAAGUCAGAAACCGACGACACAAGCCCCAACAACUCAAGAACCGAAUACACAGGCUCCAACAAGUCAGAAACCGACGACACAAACUCCAACAAGUCAGGAACCGACGACACAAGCCCCAACAACUCAAGAACCGACAACACAGGCCCCAACAAGUCAGAAACCGACGACACAAGCCCCAACAAGUCAGGAACCGACGACACCAGCUCCAACAAUUCAAGAACCGACAACAAAGGCUCCAACAAGUCAGAAACCGACGACACAAGCACCGACCACUCAGGAGCCUACAACGCAAGCUCCAACAACACAGGAACUUGCAACGCAAAUUGAUCGCGACCCCAACUGCGAUGUGAGUCUAAACUGUUUUCCUGCGAUGGACGAGUGUUCAACGAACUGUGACUAUCUGGUCACAUGGCGCGAGGUGUCGGAUACAGAUGUCGAGUUCAGUUUGAAAAGAAAAACAACAAACAACAAUUACUACAUCGCCAUUGGAUUUUCGGAGGACCUUCAAAUGGGAGAUGACAGUGUUGUGCAGUGCGUAUCGACUGACGGUGCUGUUGGUGUUAAAUCUUCCUACAAUGUUCCUGGUGCAGAUAAAUACAACGACGAUUUAGACGAGAUUACAUUUGGAGUCAGCCUUAUAAACGGUUCGUACUCGGACGGCGUGCUCAGCUGUACUUUUAACAGGAAAAAGGAUGCAGACCUAGCUAGUGCAGGCUCUGGGCGAAGGCGCCGGGCGACUUCAAAUGCUUCCUCGUUCUUUAACCUCACCAAGGAAUAUUUUCUACUAGUUGCACUAGGCGAGGCUUUUGGUGGUAGUAUAAGUCAACACUCAGAGAAACCAAAAAUAUCAACGACUAAAAUAGACUUCUUGGCUCUACCUGAUGUAAAUAAUACAGAAACAACAACCGCCGUAGCUACAAAGACUGGGAAAAUAACGAGAGAUGAUGGAUGCGGGAAGAAUUUGGGAUGUUUCCAUGACGGUUGCAAGGGAGGUGAAUGCGACUUCCUGCUCACGUGGAAGGACGUUGGGGAUGACGUAGAGCUCUCUUUCUCUUGCAAGAUGUCAAAAAAUGGAUACUGCGCCAUCGGACUUUCUAGUGAUGAAAAAAUGGGAGACGACAGUGUGUUUGAAUGUGUCUCUGACGAUGGCAACGUCAACGUGUACGUUUCUUAUAACAAUGGGCGUAGUAAUAGCCGACUGGAUCAGGAUCAGUAUGGGUUAUCGUCCAUUACAACAAGUGGCAAUAACGGAGUCAUUACCUGCAGCUUCCGGCGCCAAAAGGUUGCACCAUCGCGACGAAAGCGAGCUUCCAGUGGGACAAAUACCUUUUUUGACAUGAAUAGUGACUGGACACUUAUGUUUGCUCAUGGGUCGGCUUCCGCAGGGUACCUUUCGCAGCAUGCUACAACUCCUCUGGUGUCAAAACAGGUUGCUGAUUUUCAAACAUUUCAGGAGAUUGGAGCUGAUUCAGCUGAUCGUCUCUUAAUAAAAUUGCAUGGCAUUUUAAUGGUGCUUGCUUGGAUGCUGCUAGCCAGCAUUGGAAUAACCAUGGCUCGCUUCUACAAGGAGGUUUGGCCAGAAGGCAUGGAAUGGUUUCAGCUGAAGCGAUGGUUUGUCAUUCAUCGUGCUUGUAUGGUGUGUGUUUUCUUACUGACCGCAGUCUCAUUCGUCGUGAUUUUUAUUCAUGUGGGAGGUUUUGCUGAGAUAUCUGGUACGAACUUUGAAAAGUCUCAUCCUAUUAUUGGCAUAGUGGUUAUGGCUCUCACCGUCAUAAACCCAAUAAUGGCCUUCUUUAGACCUCAUCCGGGUACUCAAAAAAGACAAAUAUUCAACUACGCGCAUCUUUGCGUGGGUUCCGGGGCACAUGUUUUAUCAGUGAUCAAUAUAUUUUCUGGAGCGUUGUUAGCUUCUGAAUUUUUGACGGCAACUGCAGAAAUUAUUGUUUGGACAUUUGUCGCAUGGAUGAUCAUCUUUUACCUCCAACAACAUCUAUAUGAAUGCUUCACGAAAAAAAGCAAACAAUCAACAUACGAAAUGAAGACUUACGAUGAAAACAUGCAGGGAAGUCCGAAAAAGAAAGUAAACAAUAUUAAAAUCGGAUUCCUGAUCGUUCAUGUAUUUGUUGUGGUCGGACUAAGUUUAGCAGUUGUGGUGAUGAUAGCGUACGACAAAAGCAUGUUGGUCCUGUUGUCAUUGCUUCUCCUCCAAGCCCACAAAGCGGAGGGUUUCGCUUCCGGCCCGCCUUCGUAUGUGUGCGACAGCAUGUCGCCCAACCAUAGACAGGCUGCACAGACUGGAAUCAGCCCAUACCAAAUCAACUUUUCGAAGAAUACAUACACACCCAACGAACAAAUUCAAGUUACACUAUCGGGAUCUGCAACUUUCAGAGGUUUCAUGAUUCAGCCUCGCCUACAGAAUAGCGCUUCCACCUCAACCUACGGCACCAUUACACCUGAUGACGCCGUCAACACGAACAACCCUUGCUCUGAGAAAGCUGCAUUGGCCCAUAAAAACAAGAUCAUCUUCAGAACCCCGGUAUCCUUCGUUUGGACAGCACCUUCAUUCGAUGUCGGAAACAUUGUUUUCUUGUACACAGUUGUCGAGGUCAUGGAAACAUUUUGGGUAAAAAAUGAGUCACCGCCGCUUACAUAUGAAGCUCCAACACAAGCUCCAACAACUCAGAAACCUACAACACAAGCUCCAACAACUCCGGAACUUACAACACAAGCUCCAGCAACUCAGGAAUCGACACAACAACCUCAAACAUCUCAAAAACAUAAAACGCAAGCCUCAACAACUCAGGAACCUACAACACAAGCUCCUGUAACGCAGGACACUACAACACAAGCUCCUGUAACGCAGGACACUACGACUUUAGCUCCAACGACUCAGAAACCUACAACGCUAGAUCAAAUAACUCAGGAACUAACAACACAAGCUCCAACAACUCAGGAACCUACAACGCAAGCUCAAACAACUCAGAAACUUACAACACAAGCUCUAACAACUCAAAAACCUUCAACACAUGCUCCAACAACUCAGGAACCUACAACGCAAGCUCAAACAACUCAGAAACUUACAACACAAGCUCCAACAACUCAAAAACUUACAACACAUGCUUCAACAACUCAGAAACCUGCAACACAAGCUCCAACAACUCUGAAACCGACAACACCAGCUCCAACAUCUCGAGAACCUACAUCACAUGCUUCAACAACUCAGAAACCUGCAACACAAGCUCCAACAACUCUGAAACCGACAACACCAGCUCCAACAUCUCGAGAACCUACAACACAAGCUUCAACAACUCAGGAACCUACAACGCAAACUCCAACAACUCAAAAACCGGCUACGCAAGCACCGACAACCAAGGAACCGGCUACGCAUGCAACGACAACUCAAAAAGCGGCAACGCAUGCUCCAACAACGGCAACUAUGGUACCGAUUAAUCGCGACCCCAACUGCGAUGUGACUCUAAACUGCUUUCCGUCAUCUACCGAGUGUUCAACGAACUGUGACUAUCUCGUCACGUGGCGCAAUGUGUCGGAUACAGAGGUCGAGUUCAGUCUAAAACGGAAAACAACCGACACUAAUUAUUUCAUCGCCAUUGGCUUUUCGAAGGACCGUCAAAUGGGAGAUGACAGUGUUGUGCAGUGCGUAUCGACUGACUGUGUUGUCGGUGUAAGAUCUUCCUACAACGGGGCUUACAAAAGCAACGAUCUUUUAGAUGAGAAAACAUUUGGAGUCAGCCUAGUUAGCGGUUCUUACUCGGGCGGCGUUCUUAGCUGUACAUUUAACAGGACGAAUGAUGCAGAUCUACUGAGUGUCGGUUCUGGACGAAGGCGCAGGGCGGCUACAUAUGCGUCUUCAUUUUUUAACCUCAACAAGGAAUAUUUUCUACUAGUGGCACAUGGCGAGGCAAACAAAGGUUAUAUACGUCCACACUCCGAGACACCAAAGAUAUCAUCGACAAAGAUAGACUUCUUAGCUGAACCUGAUGUGAAUAACCAAGAAAAAACAACUGCCGUUACUAUAAACACUGGGAACAUUACAAGAGAUGAAGGAUGCGGAAAGAAUUUAGGCUGUUUCCAUGACGGUUGCGAGGGAGGUAAAUGCGACUUCCUCCUCACGUGGAAGGACGAUGGGAAUGACGUGGAACUCUCACUCUCAUGCAAGAUGUCAAACAAUGGUUACUGCGCCAUUGGACUUUCUAGUGAUGACAAAAUGGGAGACGACAGUGUGUUUGAAUGUGUUUCCGAUGGCGGCAUCGUCAACGUGUACGUUUCUUAUAACAGUGGGCAAAGAAAUAGACGACUAGAUCAGCCGCAGUAUGGGUUAUCGUCCAUUUCAACGAGUGCCAAUGAGGGAGUCAUCACCUGCAGCUUCCGGCGUCAAAAGGUUGCACCAUCGCGACGAAAGCGGGCUUCCAGUGGUUCAAAUACUUUCUUUGACAUGAAUAGUGACUGGACUCUUCUGUUUGCUCAUGGGUCGGCUGCCGCAGGGUACCCUUUGCGGCAUGAUACAGCUCCUCUGGUGUCAAGUCAGGUUGCUGAUUUCCAAAGAUUUCAGGAGAUUGAAGCUGAUUCAGUUAGUCGUCUUUUAAUAAAAUUGCAUGGCAUUUUGAUGGUGCUUGCGUGGAUGUUGUUAGCCAGCAUUGGAAUAACCAUGGCUCGCUUCUACAAGGAGGUUUGGCCAGAAGGCAUGGAAUGGUUUCAGCGGAAGCGAUGGUUUGUCAUUCACCGUGCUUGCAUGGUGUGUGUUUUCGUUUUGACCGCAGUCUCAUUCGUCAUCAUAUUUAUUCAUGUGGGGGGUUUUGCGCAGAUAUCUGGCACUUACUUCGAAAAAUCUCAUCCUAUUAUUGGCAUAGUGGUUAUGGCUCUCACCGUCAUAAACCCAAUAAUGGCCCUCUUCAGACCUCAUCCGGAUACUCCAAAAAGAAAAAUAUUCAACUACGCGCAUUUCGGCGUGGGUUCCGGGGCACACAUUUUGUCAGUGAUCAACAUAUUUUCUGGAGCAAUGUUGGCUUCUGAUUUUUUGACGGCAACUGCAGAAAUUGUGGUUUGGAUAUUUGUCGCAUGGAUGAUCAUCUUUUACCUACAACAACAAUUAUAUGAAUGCUUUUUGAAAAAAAAAAAGAACGUCGAAAUGAAGACAUACGAUGAGAUUAUGAAGAGAAGCCCCCAAAAGAAACGGGACAGUUUUAAAAUCGGAUUCCUGAUCGUUCAUGUAUUUGUUGUGGUCGGACUAGGUUUAGCAGUUGUGGUGAUGAUAGCGGUUGGAUGACGUCGUUAAAACCUUUAGAGUUGUAAAUAAUUCAAAACUCCACAGAAACUAUUUUUAGGCCAUGAUAGUCUCAAAAGUGUACAACUUUAUAUUAUAAUGAUUCGCUCAAGAAAUAAGGCUUUAUCCUAUCCGACAAUUUCAAAUAAAGAGGUUAUUUAAUUUCUA